AUGAGUGAGAAGAGAAUACCAUUAUUUGAGGAAGAUAAAGAUUAUAUAAAUGAAGAUCACAUUAGUGAAUUUGCUAAAGCUUUAAUAUGGCAAGAUGAUUAUGAUUAUGAUAAUAGUACUACUACCCCAACUAAUGAACUGAAAAUUUUUGAUACUUCCAUCAAUGAUGAUAAAGAAGAAACAAAAACAGAAUCUGAAUUAGCUGAAGAGGCUUUAAAUAUUGGUGGAAAUGAAACUAUUGUACCUAUUGAUACUGAUAUAACUCAACAUGAUGAAGAUAAUAAUUCACUAUCUACUAAUAAUAAAAGACCAGUUUUAAUUACUUCUAAAAGUGAUUGGUUUCCGAUUCAAAGUGAUUCUCCAUCAUCAUCAUCAUCCAAUAAAACUCAACCAUCUACUUCAUCUAAUAAAUCCAAAAAAUCUAAAAAGAAAUCAACAUUAAAAGUUUUACAGAAUGAAUUUAGAAAUAGUUCAAGUUAUACAUUACUUCGAUGGCCAAUAUUAAUAUUUGUAUUUAUUUGGAUUGGUAUACUUGGAUUUUUAUAUUUUUUAAUACGAGUUUAUGUUGCACUUCUGGAAUAUUUCUUUACUUGGACAGGUAAACGUAAGAAAUUACGUGAUAAAUUAAGAAAUUCAUCAACUUAUGAAGAAUGGAUUGAAAAUGCAAUAGAAUUAGAUAAAUAUUUAAAUUUAGAUAAAUGGUCUGAAAACCCAAAAUUUUCUUAUUAUGAUUAUAAAACUGUUAAAUUAACAAUAACAAGAUUAAAUAAACUUAGAAAUGAAAAUGGGAAAAUUCUUGAUUUAAUGGUUGUUUUACAAGGUUGUUUAAAGAAAAAUUUUGCUGGAAUUGAAAAUCGUCAAUUAUAUUCUCAUAGAUAUUAUGGUACUAAGAAAUUAGUUGAAGAAUAUUAUAAAGAAGUUGUUUUAUGUAUUGAAAAAGUAACUGAAGAUAAUACUGUUCCAUUAGAUCUUAAAAAGAAGUUUUUCAGAAUUGUUCUGAAGAAUUUUGGAAAAUCUGCAUUAUGUCUUAGUGGUGGAGCAUGUUUUGCUUAUACUCAUUUUGGAAUUGCAAAAGCAUUAUUGGAUCAAGAUUUAUUACCAAAUAUUAUAUCGGGUACUUCUGGAGGUGGAUUAAUUGCUUCAUUAUUAUGUGUUCGUACUAAUGAAGAACUUAAAAAAUUAUUAGUACCUCAAUUAGCUAGAAAAAUCACUGCAUGUGAAGAUCCUUGGUAUGUUUGGUUACCUAGAUUCAUUAGAACUGGAGCAAGAUUUGAUGCUGUUAGUUGGGCAAGGAAAUCAAAUUUUUUCACCAAAGGUUCAACUACAUUUGAAGAAGCAUUUAAAUUAACUGGUAGAAAAUUAAAUAUUUCUACUAUUCCAGCUGAUCCUCAUUCACCAGUUAUUUUAUGUAAUGAUAUAACUUCACCUCAUUGUAUAAUUUGGUCUACUUUAUUAGCAUCAUCUGCUGUUCCAGGUAUACUUAAUCCAGUUGUAUUAAUGAUGAAAAAUCCUGCAAAUGGUCAAGUUAUCCCAUUUUCAUUAGGUAGUAAAUGGAGAGAUGGUUCAUUACGUACAGAUAUUCCAGUUGAAGCACUUAAUACUUAUUAUAAUGUUAAUUUUACAAUUGUUUCACAAGUUAAUCCUCAUAUUUCAUUAUUUUAUUUUGCUCCAAAGGGUACAGUUGGUAGACCAGUAUCUACUUCAAAACGUAAGACAUCACGUGAAAAAUAUGCAUCAUUUAGAGGAGGAUUUAUAGCAACAGCUUUAGAACAAUUAUUUCGAUUAGAAAUUAAAAAAUGGUUACAGAUUAUUAAAUCAUUAGAUUUAUUACCUCAUUUUUUACAACAAGAUUGGUCAAAUAUUUGGUUACAAAAUUUUUCAGGUACUAUUACUAUUUGGCCUAGAAAUAGAUUAAUUGAUUUUUGGUAUAUAUUAAGUGAUCCAACUGAGAAAAGAAUGGCUGAAAUUAUUAAAAAAGGUGAAAGAUGUAUGUUUCCAAGAUUAUUAUUUAUUAAGCAUAGAUCAUCUAUUGAAAGAGCAAUUGAAAAGGGUAAAAAAUUGACGAUAUUAAAUUAUAAACAAGCUCAUAAAUCUUAUAAUGAAGCUGAAGAUGAUGAUGUCACCGAUAGUGAUUAUGAUUAUGAUGAUAACAGUAUAACUGAAUAUGACUCAAAAAUGUUUAAAAGAUCAGUUGGAUUAUCUAAAGAUGAAAAAGAAAUGUUGGCUCACUUUGGUGAUGAUGAAGAUGAUGAAUCAGAAGAAGAAGAUGAAGAUGAAUUUGAAGAAGAUGUUGAUAGUGAUGCAUUCAAUCCAGGUUUCGUAGAUCAUGAAAGACAUCGAAGAAAUACUAUAUUUUAA